AUGGCUGAAUCAGUCGGGCUGGCUUCUGGAAUCCUUGCUCUGGCGACGUUCGCAUUUCAAAGCAGCGUCUCACUUUAUGAGACAGUGAACAGCUUCCGUUCGCAUCCAAAGCGAGUACGCGACCUUCUCGGCGAGCUAGAAGCCUUGAGCGAUGUCCUAGCUCCCCUUGUCGAUCUAAUUAAAUCGAACUAUGACGCCGAUCUCUCUGUCCUGGAAAUGCCGCUAUUGCGAUGCGGUAAUGUCUGCAAAGAGUUCCAGCAGGUGUUACUCCGAUGCGUAUCCCGAUCAAACAGUAACCGGACAAGCUUCCGCGACUGGGCCAGGAUAACUUAUAUGGGUGACGAUAUUAAGGAUUUCCGCGAUUUGCUGGCAGGGUAUAAGGCCACGAUCAAUAUUGCCCUGAUAGAUACAACUCUGCGCCAAUCUGCGGUCGCUGUUCAAAGCAUUAGGGACUACGAAGGUCUCAUCCAAGAUACGAAGGAGGACCUAGCAGCUCAACUCGGAAGUAUCGAUAGAAAGUUGGAACAACUAGCUGAGAAGGAUGGGGCUCAGUCCGAAUCAGAUGUGGUCGAACUGCACUCGCUGAGAGAAGAGCGCCUGAGUACAGAGAAAUGCCUUCAGAUUUGCGCCCAGCUAUCGAGCCAUAUCGAUCAGAUUCAUCUGAGGUCUGAUGAUGCGGGUCCAUUUUGGGAAUCAGUCGGAGCUGGGGCGUCGCCUGAAAUGGUCACAAACGAAGGUCUACAAGAAUGCAAAAACAGCUUGGCUGUGACGGCUGCCAAGUUGGAAAAACAUAUGCGAGACAUUAUGGAUCAGCUGCUCUCCAAAUCGAAGACUUCAAUAUCCUCCGAUGAAGAUGCUCAAGAUCUAUCGAGGCUGCGCGAUGAGUGGGAAACCGCUCGGCAGUGCUUGGAUAUCUGUUCACGGGCCUCUAGUACAGAAAGGACCGAGCUUCAAAUGAUGGAAGAUGAAAAGUACAGCACACAAAGAAGCCUAGAUAUCUGUGAUCACUCAUGUGCUCUAAUAGACCAGUCGCAGUCUAGGCUAGCGGGUGAAGAAGAAGAAUCUUCGAAGCCUAUUGAUCACAUGUCUUCAUCUAUUGUUCAGAAGUCAUUAAGCCUGGCUACUGCGAAUAGCCUUGAUUCUGUGCAGAAGGAAGACUUGAGCCAAGGCCAAUUGGAAGAGGCUGAGAAGGUUGAGGUGCAGGUGAGGGAGACUCGUUGGCAAAUACCGGGCCUGGAGCAUCCUGACGCUCAUUUUAUCUCGGAGGCUGCCAUACACAAUACACAUGUGGAUUUCGGAGAUUCCGAUUCAUCCACUGAUAACAACUCAGUGUUUUCUGAUCCCCUCUCUAUUCCUAGCACUAGCUCGUUGAACCCCGGAAAAGAAGAAAUCACUCUGUUGUUGAUUCAGCAGUUUGCAAACUUGUUGAAUGAAGACGGGGUCGUGCUGUUACUGCUUUCCACUGGCGUAUCCAAAAAUUUCAUCGGAUUCCAGAAGAUGCAAAACAACUUUCGGAGAUUGCUCAAACAAUUUGCGAAUAACCUUGAGGCGGAUAUCGUUAGCGAACCGCAUCGAGACCUAAAGAGGUUUGUGAGCUUAUAUUCAGUCAUGAUCACCCGUGAGCUCUUUGCAAUUGCACCUAUCUACGAGCACAGAAACAUCAAACCUCACGUCCUGGAGGCUGAACAUGGAGCAGGAUUGGUUGAAAAACGCCAAGCCCGGGAGAAAAAAGUGGAACUUUAUCUUCAAAGUCUACACAGGGGUAACACUGCUCCUAACACUGCUCCUCAAGCGAGUGACGUGAUCAAAAUAUUUAAUACUGAUGAUGAAGAAAGUGACCAAGACUCCGUGGCAGAGGAAGUUGGCGUGGUUGAGCCGUAUGAGGGAUCUUUGCAAAACUUGGAUCAAAUGAAGAACUUCAUUCUGGGAAGCACCGCCUACCAAAUCCUUCGUCGUCAGCUCGAAGAGUUUGUCCAGCCCUCGCUGAGCUCUCGGUUUCGAGACAUUGUGACCAGGUGGUCAAACCCAGAGCAUAAGAACCAUGGCGAUAUUGAUCGGUAUAAACUGCGGAAUCUUGUCACAGAGUUACAGAAUGCGAGCCCCUUCAAGAUUCAGUUUGAACGUAACGAAAAUAGCCCUCGAUUUGUUCGGUUCGUCAGCAGCUUUCAACAUGUAAUCGAGCGCUGGACUGGAGAGUCAUGGGAGUGGUGGCCCCUGCCCCGCUGUCAGAGACCUCUGUCAGAAUCAGAGUCACGGUUACGGUGGAAGUGUAUCCAGCCUUAA